AUGCACCGCCCCCCACGCAGCCGAUCCGCAACACAAUACACCUUCCAACGAGCCUACAAAGCAUGCAUCCCGUGCCGGCGGAGGAAGGUGAAAUGCGAGCCAGAGGCAGCGCCAGAGCCAGGGCCGGAUACGGAUCCCCACCGGCCGUGUCGACGGUGUCGGAAGAUGCGCCUGCAGUGCCGGUUCUCGUCGAAGCAGCCGUGGUCCAGGACGAAGAGCGCCGGUGCAGCGGACGCUGGACCUGCACCUGCACCUGCACCUGCACCUGCACCUGCAGCCGGGCAACGGCCAUGGGACUCUGUGUCUGCGGGAUCUGAACCUGAACGGCGGGAAACGGAGGAUCUUGCGGCGCCGGCGGAGGUGGGUGGAGGCGAGUCGGGGUGUAUCUCUACGACGGUGUUGCAGAAGCAAGUUGCGAGUGGGAAUGACGCCUUGGAUAUUCUGUUCGGUGCGGCGGCACAGGCGGGCUCGGGGCGUGUCUGUGUCGGCCAUCAAGUUGCAGGUUCUGGAGAUACGGCGUCUCCUUUUGAUGUUCGGGCGGAGGAGAAUGUGCUCAGGGUUUGGGAGGGGUGCCGGUUCGUCAAGAUGGGUUGGUUCACGGCGGGAGAGGCGCUGGUGUAUAUGGACUGGUUCUUCCGCAAUCUGGCACCGGUGACGACUCCCAUCUUGACGGACUUCUUCGCGAUACGUAAUACGCACUACUGGCUGAUUACGCAGGAGCCGGUCCUGUGCUGCACGAUCCUGAUGAUAUCCGCGCGGUACCAUACCCUGCCCGGUCCAUCUGGGAGCUCCAGGGGAUUCUACAUUCAUAAUAGGUUAUGGCAGCACUGCCAGCACCUGAUCUUGCGGAUAAUGCUUGGGCAAAAGAAGUUGUCCAAGGCUAAGACCAGACAUAUAUCGACAAUCGAGGCCCUCUUGCUCCUGUCGGAAUGGUAUCCACUGGCCCUGCACUUUCCCGUGGAAGUGGAUGGUUGGGAUUCGGAUUGGAUGCUCACAACGCACACCAUGCGCGAUCCGCCUUCAAACACUGAGGAAUGUCCGAUGCAAGACCGCUGGAGGGAAGACGUCGUGGAGCCAACGCGACGGUCAGACCGGAUGUCCUGGAUGCUGGUCAGCUCGGCCCUUGCGCUCGCGCACGAGCUCGGCGUGUUCGACUCAAGGGAUCAUAUGAGCAGUUCAAAAGCAAAGGGUGUGAUCGCAGGUCCUGAUGUCGAGAAGUACCUGCAAGACCUGGAGCUUAGGCGGCAGCGUCUUCCGUCGCUGCUGUUUGUGAUUGCGAACCUACUCGCCUCUCGUAUUGGCUGCACUUCUAUCAUGCCAGAGCACAGUAAGCAGUCAAACCUCGAUAGCCUUCUGACCGUUGAUCCCGAGUGGGCGCGAUUCAUGAUCUCGUGGGUGAAUCUCACGGGGUUGACCCGGACUUUGCGAGAGAAGUUCUUCAACUCUGAGACAGCUGGCAGCCAGCAGAUCGAUUUCGAAUCAUUGGAGCAGUGGAAAGCCCAGCUCGCAGCAUGGAAAGAUCAUGUCCAGGAUAACCCGAGUUCUCACUACGACAACAUCCUGCGGAUCGAGUAUCAGUACCUCAGGGUAUUCGCAAACUCACUCGGCGUCCAAGGAAUAGUCGAACGCGUGCUAUCCAACACGCCAUCGCGAGGAACCAUCGACGCAACGUUCGUCUCCCAAGCCCGGCAACUCAACAUGAGCAGGAAUGAAUACGAGUUCAUCGAAGAAGUCAUCGACGGUGCAUGUGCAAUUCUCUCACGUAUCGUUGCCCUCCCUAACCCCCGCUGUCUUCCCAUGCGGGUCCUGUCACGCAUGAUCAGCUCGUCGAUAUUCCUCCUCAAAGCCCUAGCCCUCGGCGUACGAAAGACCAAGCUGGAAGAGUCGCUGCACCUGCUCGAUACCGCAAUCGCCGCCCUCCUCUCCGACCCCCUCGACGACAUCCACCUUGCUUCAAGGUACGCGACGCUCCUGAAGACGCAUGUGUCGCGUCUGCGUCAGACGUUCACCAGCUCCAGUCACGGGGAUGGCCAGAGCAACGCAACAACCCAGGAGAACAGCGAGGCAGAGCAACCACCGGGGACAGAAUUUGCAUGGGACGCCGAUAUCAUGGAUUGGCCUGCCCAGGUUGGCCUUGGGGACUGGUUGUCUCUCCCGCUGGAUCCGUUGAUGGCCCCGUUUGGGUCCUGGGACGGAGCGCCGCCGGAUUUGGGGCUGGACUCGGACCCCUUGGACUUGGAUUUCAUUUGGAACUUGCCCAUAUGA